AUGGCACUCUACCUACCACUAAUCGGAAUUUCAAUUUCAAUCAUCAAACAAUCAGACGGCAAGGAACUCCGGCCGUCGGAUCACGGACUAACUAACGGCGCCGAUUCGCCGGAAACGGCGCAAGCAGCGUCACCACAGAUGUCAUCAUUCUUCGGCAGCGGAGCGUCGUCAACCACACAGCCACUGCCGGAGGCGAGAAACUUCAGCGAUCCGUCGUGGAGUACCGGCGGCGGUGAUGAUCACGCGCGGAAGGUGUUAAUGGUGUCGAGUUUAGUUUGUGGUACCGCCGGCGUGGCGUUGUUGGCGGUGGUAGGGUUUUUGUUUUUGCAGCGGUAUAGAAAUCAGAGAUCUACGGUGGUGGUUUCCAGCUAA